AGAUGUGUUUAAUUCUAAUCUCCUUUCUCUCUCUAGGAGUCCUACUCUGGUGAAGAAUAUGAUUUCAGGCCUGGGCUUCGGUUCCCUAAACGCCAGCUACCAGGCAGCCCUUGCGGAGAGCAGUUUAACUCUACUGAACAGCCAGGGCCUGGUUAACCCCUCAUCUGCCGCCAGCCUCAACAUGCUACACGGGAUGGGUCACAAUGACGUCAGCUCCACUGUGGAACAGGUCAACAGCAACGGCAGCUGCAGCCCUACACUCAGCCCACAGCAGUAUGGACACCAGGUCCAUGUGAAGGAGGAGCCCACUGAGAUCGAGGAGGACAGCCGCUCCAUGUCGCUCAUGGCAACUGUCACUCAGAACAUGGCAUUUCCUAGCGAUCGCGAUGACCGCGAUUUGGAUGAUGAGCUUCCCACCGAGGAGCUGGAGUAGGAUUGGAUGAGUUGAACCAGUGGACGGGACUUUGAGGUUUAAUCCCGCCCGCUCAUUUGGAGUGAAGCGAAAUGAUGACCACAUAAAAAAGAAGAUAGAGAUUUAAAAAAAAGAUAAAGAUCAUAAUUUUUAUAAAGCAAGAAACCAACAACAUUGACAAACAGGGUUAGACCUCCGUUACAUACCGACGCAAAAAUAACACUCUGGAGCAUUGCUUUAUUCCCACACAUUUUCACCCACCUCACCCCCUCCUCCUCACCCCUCCUCCUCACCCCCUCCUCCUCACCCCUCCUCCCUCACCCGAUGAGCAGCGUAUUGUCAGAGAGACAGCUCUCAGUGGUGAUAUUGAGGGAGGGUCCCCUCUCCUUUCUCCUCUCUCCUCUCCCUGUUGAUUCACACAGAUGGUCUACCCACCCUACAGUCCUUUAGUGGUGGUAGUCUGAUUUCCACACCACUUCAAUAUACAUACAGGUGUGUGAGAGAGAGUGUGGAGAUACACACACAUCAGAUCAUGUGUAUAUAUUGUUUGGAACAGUCACCAGGAGGUGUAUAACUCUCCUCCUCUUCUCCGGUCAUGUUAGUUCCUUUUUCUUUUCUUAUUUUGCCUGAAAGAACUGCUGGGCUUUGAGAUGGAAGGAAGGACAGUGGUUUUCUCAAAGAUUACCCCACCUGCUCACACAUCAGAAACCAAGCGUACAAACCAGUCAGUGAUCCAUAGGUAGGACUGAGACUGGAUUGCAGGAUUCUGCCCUAUGCCCACUCUCUAGCCAUUCUCUGCCCUAUGCCCACUCUCUAGCCAUUCUCUGCCCUAUGCCCACUCUCUAGCCAUUCUCUGCCCUAUGCCCACUCUCUAGCCAUUCUCUGCCCAAGCCAGACAAGACUCUCUUUACUCAUUAUGACAAACAAAAAAAGAAGACAUUAUUUACCCCCCAAAAAGACCCUUUGGUGCUUUACUCCUCCUUCAUGAGUGAUAGAGUGAUGGGGACAGGUCAUCCUGAGAGAGAGAGAAAAAGAGAGGGAGGAAGGAAAGAUCAUCCACACAGAGAUAUCUGACUAAAAUAGUUUAUGAUUAUGGAAUACAAAACAUUUUAUAUCCAAAAAGUGGUAGCUUUUUCACUUCCUUCUUUCUUUGAUGUUAUCAUUAAAUUUUUAGGAUUCAUAUUUCCAUGGUGAUAUAAUUCUGUUUCAAAGUGUAUUUUGUAAAAAUGCUUUCUUUCUUUAGUUUUUAGUUUUUAUUAACUCUGCUUGUUCACACCAUUCCAAACUAGUAUUGGUGGCAAAGAAAGUGCAGUAUUGUCCCAAAAUUCCCCAUAACCCAGCCCACCAUGAAUACCUUUCUGUGUGUCUGGGUUUGCCAGUUUAGAUGGCAGGAGAUUGAGAAUAGCACUUAGGAUCGAAGGCCUCAGCUCCUGAGAACACUCACCAAUAAUCCCAACAUUAUCAUCCAUUUGUAUUAUUCCUUUUUAACUAACUUUCAUUCCUUAUUAUUUUAUCUUCUCGUAGUUAGUUGAGAAACAUCAGCUGUGAUACAAAGCAAUGCUUGAAAAAAUAUAUUAUGGCAGUCAGAGAAUACCUCAUCCCACAAAUUUCCGCCCGGAAGUGUGUGCAAAAUGUUAAAGAAGUAAGGGGGAAUUCUUUGUGUGGGACACCAAAACGUGGCAACUCUGCUCAGUUUCAUUUCAAAGUUCUAUUGUUACUAUAGUUACUGUAUAGAAGCUGUCUGCAAUUCACUGUGUGAGUUGAACUCAAAGGAAUAGCACGUGAGAUUUAAAAUCUUUUGUUUUCAGUGAGCGUAAAAGCAUUACCUUCUCUGCAGUGCCAUACCAAAUUUAAACACAUUAUUUUUAUGUAUUUUCUGCUUUUUCUCCCAUUUUAUUUUUGUUACAGGUAACCAAAGAAAUGUGUAGAAAACCAAAAACCCUGUAGUUUAUUUCCCCUUUUGAGUUUUUCCUCUAAAGAACUGGCCAUAAGACAAUAAACAUUGACAUUUAAAUUAUUAUUGUAUUAUCGUAACUCUUACGUUGAAUUUGUUCAUGACAGUACUGACCAUUCCAAAAACCAAAGUAUAAAAUGCUAAAUAGAAUUUGGUGAUGUUAAAAUCUUUUUACAUGUGUUUAACUGGUGCAAAUGACGACUAACAUUAGGCAUGCUAUGGUUGAAGGCCAAAAACAGUAUUAACAAACAACCCUUUUGCAGUUCCUUAGAUAAAUAAAGAAAGCACUUAGGAUUUAAAUCUCUAUCUCUCCAUGCUCAGGCUACCUGUGUUUCAAACACAACCCUAUGACAGGCUCUGCUGUAGGCAAGCCUAAGAUGGGAUUCAGGGUUAAAGAUGACAAAUAAUUAUCUUACCCUCAUUAGGCACUUGAACACAACAUUUAUAUACCUUUAUGUGACACUAGAAGCCAGCAAAAAAAGAAGUGGGCUGUUGUCAGUUGUCCAUUAACUGGGAUACAGUUAAAAACAAAAAAUACAUUGUUAUUGCACUGUAAUAAUGCAUGUUUUGAUUAAUUUCCUCAACCAAAACAAUAUUUUCAUUGUGAAACUCUAUACAUUCAAACAUCCCUUUGUGCUAUGCAGGAGAAUGUCAUAUUUUGACCCAGCUCCCGGUUUGAUUGAAAAGGACCAAAAGUCCCAUUGUCUAGCAGUGAACAGUUUACUUAAUGUACUUUGUUUACUCCUCACCUACAGUAUACUCUAGCAGACACAACAGUUUAACAAAUACCAAAAAGGACAGGUGUUAUAAUAAAUAGGAACAAAAUGAUAAUGUUUCGCUCUUAUAUUGUCUUCAUGCUCUCACAUUGCUAUAGAAACACGUUGAUAUCCCCAGUCUGUGAGUAGUUGUGAUAGAGACUGUUUGAAGCUGGCUGUCAUUCCAAACAUCACAUCAGUAGACAAACAGAGGGUUUUUCAGAACAGACAUACCAUUAUGACCAUUUGUGAUAUUUACAGCAAAGAGAGAACAACUGACAAAUUACAAAAUCAUACCGAUGUGAAAGGAACACACCAAGGGACAUGUCAACUUAUGUAUUUUUUCUAAAACAAAAUUUGGGAACAGUUUUGUCAAAUCAACUCUUGCACCAUUUUCUUUUGUUUUUUAAUAAAGGAGUCUUUGUAUUGACUUCCUGUGUAAAACAGCACUGUUUCCUGUAUAAGUAGCGUUAUGAUGCUUCACGUCAUCAGACUGAUUUAUAACAAACAAAGUGGGAGAGGGACACCGAGAGUAAAAACCAAAAAUAACACUACCUCCUUUUCAAAAUGGUUCACAAUAAAAGCCAAUGGGAGACUGGAGACCAGAUUUUUUUUUUUUUUUUUUAAUUCUUCCUCAAUAAUAAUAGUGAAAUAUACCAAAACACAGCUUACUGUUAAUACACAUUAAGUGGGGCUGAAAAAGCUUGUCUGGUUAUCUGAACUCCAAAUUCAUGAGCGUGAGCGCAAAAACAAAGAGACGUUACAACAACAUUACACCCCGUUAAAGAUGACUACCUCUCCUAAAACCACAGAGAACCGGUGCGUUCUCCUAAGAGUGAAGAGUGAAGUGGUCACCAUGUUUAAAAGGUCUACUCUCAGCUGUGUAUUAUUGGCUCUCUCUGUACUGUCCAUUAUCAUAAAACACCGUGAACAGCCUCUUAACUGGGUGCUCUAAUUGUAUGCACGCAUAUUUAUGAGCCGGCUUUGCCGGCAGCCAAUGAUAGUCCGGUCGUUAGCUGCGACUCAAUGGGGCAGGAAGCUGGUUGUCAGGAGUGAUGAUGGGCAGAAUGUAUGAGUGCCCUGCACCCGCCAUUGGGCCCACACACAGUAGUGCCCUGCACCCGCCAUUGGGCCCACACACAGUAGUGCCCGCCACACGCCAGUGGCCCGCACUACACAUGAAUGGAGAGAACAGCUUUAAGAUGGCAGCGAUAAAGGAAACACACCCACACACACUCACAGGCUGUAGUCAGUGUUCAGUCGAAAGGGCCCUUAGUAUCAGUCAAUAAGCCUCAGAGCUGGGAAUUAAAGCCCUGUGACAUGGAGCUGGCCCUUCACGGUGAAUAGUGGCCCCUGUCACUAGGAGCCGGGCCCCUGUUGGCCCCUUGGUUCAGACAGCUGAGGAGAGGCUCUGAGUAACUAAAUAUACUAUCCAAAGACAAACACAGAGCUUGCUGGGAGACGGACAAUAAUAACAGCUUACAAAGGAAUGAAUGAUUACUACUAUUAUUAUUGUUAUGAUCCAAACUCUCACGAAAGAGGCACUGCUGCAUUCAGUAAAUAAAUGAUGUUUGAAUUCUCAUCCUUUAAGGUACACCUGUAAGCCAAGCUGUUUUAUCAAGAUGUAGAUUGACAUUCGUUGAUGAUGUUGACAGAUCGCCAUAGACACUUCUGUUCCUUCUCCGGUUUGGCUGUUAUGGUGUAUUAUUGUAUAUUAACGCUUGGCUUAGCUCUCGAGGGCAUUCUUUACCAUUAUUUCUUUUUGAUUUUCUCUUUUGUUGAUUUAGUUUUUAUAAAGCUUCCAGCUUGGAUUCCUAUACUGUAUUGCUAAUGCUGAAGUGUAUGUAUUUAUCAUAUUAAGUGCUGCAGGUAUCUUUGUUGAAUAGUUAUUCCUUUCUUUUUUUGUUUUCUUCAUAAAACGUCUGGGACGAUGAUUUUUUAAGUGUAUUAUCUCUAAAAAAUAAAAUAAUUAAAGUUAGAUAAGUGGUUUAGGUAACAGCUGUUUGUAUAUUUAUCUUAGCUAGGUCUAUUUUGAUACCUUUUGUCUCUGUACUGCAUUUUUAAGGAAAGAAAAAGAAAAACAAGAGUAAAACAAAAAGUUGACUUCAUUAUGUAUUGAUGAUACCUCAGAAGGACUUUUCUCUAAGACAGGACCAAAACCUCAGAAAAAAAUUGAGAAAGAGGAAAAUAAUGAAGAAAAUAUGUAGCCCCUCUCUUGCAUUUAAAGAUGGAGCAAUGUAAAGGUGAUGUUGUGGGUCCUUUAUGUGUCCUCUGACCCCUGACCCCUGACCACAGUCAUUCCUCUGAUGACCUUUAACUUACAGCGGUCAAUCACUCAAUAGGACAACUGGGCGUGGCCCUCAAUCAAACACCUGAUGGCAUUUGUCCAAUUAGAAUCCUAACCAAAGGUGUUGUGAGUGGCCAUGGCUUACAAGCUAACAGACCACCACAACUAUAACCAAACCAACCCUAGGCACUAAUCUAUCACAAGCUACUUCCCAUACCUCAAACCAUUCUUCGCUAUCACCAUCGCUAUCAUCUCUUGGACGAGCACUCUUCCUAUUGGAUCAUUAGUGACUCCAGGGACCUCAUUGGCCCCGCCCCUGCUCUAUGAUUGGACAGCUCUUAGGUGUCAUGUUGAGGAAAAGGGAACUUAAAGGACAGUUGCCCAUGUUAUUAUGAACUUCACAGCCCCCCCCAAAAAUGGAACUACCACUUCAGCUGUCCUCUGGUUGUAUCUUAGGAAUGUGUGUACAUUUUCAGCAGUGACUCUGUAACAUUACUUCGUUUCAGUUUCUGUUUACCUCUCUUUUAUCUUUUUAUUUUGUUCUGUUUGUUCAUUUUUUGAAAGUGUGACCCAGGGGAAUGGGUAAAGUUGGAGCAGGCGGUGGUUUUUAAGAUGGUCUAAAAGAGGUUUAAAAAAAGGUGACUUUGCCACCGAGACCUUUGCCCUUUCCCCCUUCCCUGGGUGGCCAUGUAAUGCCAGUCACUGCCCUUUUCCUCAUGCUGUAUAAAACACACAUAUAUCUGUGUAUUUGUAACCUGAAUCUUCUUGUGUCUGUCCAUGCAGACAAUAUAAACAACCUGUACAGUAGGUCUAGUUGCAUGUAAUCUGUACUAAUUAUUGACAAUGGCAUUAUAAAAUGCAAUAAAAUACUUAUUACACUGUC